AUGAGCGUACAUAGUUAUCAUAGUAAUAAUAGUCAGCCUCAUCAACAACAACAACAAAAUGAAAAUAUAAAUACAGACUAUUAUAAUAUAAAUACAUCAUCUUGUAAUAAUAGUAUUUCAAAUAAUAAUAAUAAUAAUAAAUAUUUUGAUGAAGUAAAUUAUGAUUCAACACUUGGAGCCUAUUCAAAUGAAGAUUUAUAUAAAGAUUGCGAGAGAAUGAUACAACAACAAUAUGGAUUAAAACCAUCAUCACCAUUUAGAGAUUUAAAAUUCCAUUUAAUACAAGAAAUAUUUUCAUCUAUUACUAAAUAUAUUCAUCAACAAGUUGAAAAUUUCAAAUCAGUUAGUAUAAAUAAUAUUGGAAGAUUUUCAUUUAUUACAAGUCAUUUAAAUACAGGUAAUAAUGGAAUUAUUGAAAGUAAAAAAUUAGUAUUUGUAAUGAGUGAAUCUUUUAUUAGAGAUUUUAAUUUAAAAAUUUGUAAAAGUUAUAGAAAAUUUGUAGAUAAUUCAAUUCCAACUAUGGAAGUUAAUUAUUUUUUAAUAGCACAACAAUGUUGUACAAGAAAGGAAAUUGUAAUGUUAGCUAUUAGAAUGUUUAGAAAUAGAUUAGGUGAAAUUAUGUCAACUGGUAAAAAAGUUUUAAUUGAAUUUACUUCAAUUGGUCAAUUAAAAUGUGAUAAGAGAAUUGUUUCUGAUUUUGAUUUUAUUGAUAAAUUUAGAAAACCUUUAAAUUCAAAACAACAGAACAAACAUGAAACAAUGAAAAAGAAAUUUAAUAGAAUCAUGUCAAGAGAAGAUUUAAAAUUAUUAAACAAGAUGAGAAUUGAACAUCAGCAACAAGAAUAUACUGCACAACCACCUCAAACAAGUCGAUCCAUGAUUUAUUCAACGAGGAGUAGUGUGAGUGGUGGUUCAAUUCGUAAUCCAUUCACAAUUAUUCACGAUAUGAAAACAACAAAUAAUAGACCAUUAAGCUCAUCUGCAUCUUCAAUACGAUCCUAUCAUUCUACUAGUAGAAUAUCAAAUCAACAACUCCAGCAACAACAACAACAAUUUGCAAGAGGUAAUGGAGUGAAUGCAGUUAGAAAUUUACAAAAUCAUCAACCAAAUACUUUGAAUUAUGAACCACAUCCACCUUCAAUACCAAGACCACCACCAACAUCUUCAUUAUCUUCACAAAGAUUAACACGUGAAACAUUGGAUACAUUUAAUAGGCAACAACCACCACAACAACAGAAUCAAACAGUACUUCCAUCAGAUUUUGUAGAAUCACAAUUUUCACCAUCAACAAAUUAUGGACCCUAUGAUAAUGGAUUUAGACAACCCAAUCCAACAGCAGCUAAGAAUGUAAUGAAUAUGGCAGUUAAAAGAUUUGAAAAAGAAUUGGAAUCAUCUAGAAGAAAUCAACAAAAAGAAUUAGAUGAUUUUUAUAGACAAUUAAUUCAUAAUGUAUGUGCUAGUGAAGAAUUGAGAAGAAAACAGAGAGAAGAAGCCUCCAAUAUACAAAAUACAUUACUCAAUCAAAUGCAACAUACAGGUGCAAAGAGACAAAUAGAAGAUCAUGAAUAUUGUAAUUUCUUUUUAGAUGAAAGAGAUGAAAAUUUAAAUGCUAAUAAGAAUGCUUUAUUAAUGGGUUUUAAAAAAUCAAAGAAUAAUGAAAGAAAUGCAGUUUCAAAAAGUUUACCUUCAAUACCUUCAUUACAAGCAAUGAAACCAAUUCAAAAAAUAAUGCUUAAUGAAAAUAAUCCAAUUGAGAAGGGUUUAAGAAUACCAGAUAAGCAUGAAUUAUUUGAUUAUUAUAAUGAAUUUAAUUAA